CAUCAUUACAAACGAUGAAGCUAGAGACAUGAUUUAAUUUUUAAACACUUAAAAAUCGAGUGUCAUCUUGGGUUGGUUUUUUUUUAAAACAACAUCGGCUUGGAUUAACCUUAUUUUGGUGUUUUGAUAAUCAAGGACUUUGGUAUUCAGUAACAGAUUUCCACGUCAGUCAGAUCAUUGACCAUGGCGAGUAAUGGCUCUAGUAUAACAGGUCCUCCAGCACCAGGUCAAAUCUGUGCUAAUUAUAAUGGCUCCGGCUCCUUGGGUGCUCAUUUCCAACUCGACUACACUCUGGCGGACACCACCAAAGUCGUUUGUGGAAGUUUGUCCUUUCUACUUGUUCUGCCGUUUGUAUUAUUUGAGAUUAAAUGUUUCCCGAUUGGAACCACAACUUCCGUUCUGACCGGCGCUGCCUUGAUGGUCAUCACCACGGUCCUAACGCAGGAGGAUGUUUAUCAUUUAUUAGGAGAGACGGAGAACCUCCGAACCAUUUUCUUACUGCUCGGUAUGAUGUUACUGGCUCAGUUCUUUGAACGCGAGAAAAUGAUUGGAAAAAUUCUGAAGAUGUCAUUAAAAGAAUCUCAUUCGUUUGCCAACUAUAUCUGGAGAGUCAGUCUGGUAACUUUUAUCUUUGCGGCUUUGUUUACAAAUGAUGCGGCUUGCGUUGUCCUUACACCAAUCUUCUUAAAAUAUUGGGAAAAGCAGAAACGAAAACCUGCCGAACUCCAGACCCUUCUCUUGGCCAUAGCAACAUCGGCUAAUAUCGGAAGCGUCACUACAAUAUUUGGAAACCCGCAAAUGGCUUUGAUCGCUUCUCGAACGGACACCGAAAUGUUUAGAUUGAGUACAUUAACUUUAGUCCGAAGUAUCAUCUAUUUGGGAGUUCCCGCUCUGAUUGCAUUUUUCAUCAAUUUCGGAUUCUUAAUGUUGCACUUUGAAGUCAGAAGCAGACUGAAGAUGCGAAAAUAUGGGAUCGCCAGCACCUUCUCCAAAGCCCGAACAAACGAUCCAUGUACCAAUGGACAAAACUCUCCUGGUGAAGAUUAUGCUUUCUAUGGCGGCCAGGACGCAGCUGGACAAAUCCAGGAUGGUCAAGUGCAGACCUUUACAAAAGUAGACUCUAACAACGGUAACUGUGUGAUGGAUGAAGUUCCUCUACCAAACACCACUCCGAUAACCGACAAUGCCUUCGACAUCGCUCUCAGUAAAUCGAGCACCAAGAGCAACAAGAAAAUAGAAGUUGAGCAGCAGUCUGAUGUAGCCUAUCAGUUUAAACAAAGUCAUUCUAUGGUGUUUAAAGUCUUCCUCUGUGUCCUUCUAACAGUCGUCAUUAUUCUUAUGUUCAUCAAACUGGAUGUUGUUGCCUUUGAUAUAGGUCUAGUCCCAAUGGCUGGAGCCACGUUAGCUCUGGUAGUAGACGCAGCCUUGAACAAGAGAAAUGCGUCUGUUAUUAUGGGAAGAGUUGAUUGGGGAGUGAUUAUGAUGUUCUUUGGUAUCUUUGUUUGGCUUCAUGGUAUUAACACUACCAGAAUUCCUCGAUGGAUCUGGAAGCAAAUGGGUCUGGCUGACGCCAACUUAGAUGAUACCCAAACGAUUGUUAUUCUCUGUGUUUUUGUUAUUUUCUGUUCUAAUAUUUUCAGUAAUGUUCCUUUGACUAUAAUAGUUCUAGAUCAGUUGGAACCCUGCAAAAACCAAUUUGCUCUGGUUUUGUAUUUAGCAUGGUGCUCUACCAUAGCGGGCAAUCUUACAUUAUUUGGUAGUGUAGCCAACUUAUUGGUGGCUCAGAAAGCUAGGGAAACUUUAGAUGAACCGCUGACUUUUAUGGGUUAUUUGAAAUAUGGCUUCGUUUCAACUCUUAUAAUUGUCAUCAUUGGUAUUCCAAUAAUCUAUGGUCUCUUGUUAAUUUAACCAAUCAAAAUAACUUCAGCAUUGAAUCUUGAGUAAUCAUUAUCUCCAAGUACCAUUUGUGUUUCCCAGUUGUCCAACAGUAUCAGUUCGAUGUAUCCAUCUCGGGAGGAUGGUAUUAUAUUUGUUGGUGAUACGACGAGAGACCUUUUAAUAUUGUAAUUAUACCUUGUAAUAUUGAUAUUAAACCUAUUAAUAAUGUUAUCGGACCUUUCAGUCACAAACUCGGACAAUUCAGCAUUCGAUUUCAUUUUUGUCCAUCAAAAUAGAACCUCUUACAGCAAAAAUGGAAAGAAAGGAAACAAGAAUUUAUGAAUUAAAGCAUUCAGUUGUUUUGAAUAACUUUGAAAGUUGCCCAUAUAAAUAGUAAAUGCUGUAAAUGCUGUAAAUGAGAUAUCAUUGAGGUGACAAGACUAAGGGAAUCCGGACACUGUAAAUAUAUAUGUAUAUAGAUUUGUGUAUAUUAUAAUAUAGUUAUACUGUUUAUUAUAUACCAUGUAAUAUUCUUUCACGUAAAACAACUUGUUAUGUAUGUUAAAAAUACUGAUGUGACGUCAUCCGUUGAUGUUGGAGUACCAUUGCAACGUGCCAAUCUUACAUUAUUUAUACAUGUACGUUGAAAUAUUGGACUCGCGUGACGAUAUCAAUGAAGUGCACGUGUCAGAUAGUGUCUGUAUUUUAAGUUGUUUAAUUGUUUCGAGCAAGACAUGGCAGUAUCAUUAUAUUACCUAAUGUCUGGCUCACAACCAUUAAA